CUCCACCAGGUGUCUCUCCUCUUCUCCGCCGUGCUGAGUCUGAUUCUAUAGCUGGCCUACCUGCUCACUGCUUCGAGCGCACCCACCGCAUCCAGGCCUUCUGGGCACCAUUCCUCCUCCACCUCGGCGGCCAGGACACCAUCACCGCCUGCCUUCUCCGCCGAAGACAACGACGUGCCCUGGAAGCGCCACCUGCUCAGCCUCCUCGCCCAGGUACGCAACGGGCCAUGCCACAUGCACGCACGCACGCUUCCAUUUUGUAAUGAUCUGCUUCCAAUUUUUUUUUCCUGUGCCCUGCUCCGGCCGGCAGACACAAACUAACGAGGCUUCGAUCAGUCAUUCCGUCUCUUGGCUGGUACGCACGCCAAUGACUAUCAGCCGUGUAUGUCUUUACCAAGUCGCACCCUUUGUCACCAUGCUGCAUGGGCAAUCUGCGGAUCAGCAUUGUCACGACGCCGGAGCCAGGGCACCUUCCUUCGUCUCACGCCAGAGCAGGCCUACAAGGCCAUCGAGAUCGAGCUGUCUGUCAUGUACGACAGAGAACCUUCACUCCAAGUCCAAGGCGGCAGUGAUACGCACCUGGUACGGCCGCCUGUUCAGAUGUCAGAGUCCGACGGUCCUCCCGAAUUCUACGGCCUGCGUCCUCUUCAACGUGCUUGACAAGGGCAGAUGUUUCCGACCGGAAAGCUUGGCGAAGUGGACCAAUUUGAUGGCCCAACAUAAUCUCACCAACUUCUGCCUCCUGGAGAAACCAACCAUGCUCGCCAAGGUUUUGAGCGUCCUCGGGGCCCAAAGUACACUGGGACAGUUGGCUGUACAUCCGGCACAACGACGUGUCGUCGGAGCUCAAGAUAGUCUGCAGGGGCCUAGGCCCUAGGGGGGAGCUCAAGAGUAAGACGGUGAGCAUCGUGGACGCCGAGAGAUACCCCGCAAGUUCAGCAACCAAAUGGUACGUGCCAAUCGAUUUUGUUCAGUCCUGGCGCUUGGCGGAAUGGCUCGAGAAAUGGCAAGUUGCUUAAAGCAGCAGCAUGCACAUCUAGAUCGAGUCAACGGUCCGAAUCCAGGCUAAAUGCAAUGCAGUUAUCUAUUAGCACUCAAGAUGCCAAUUGCCAACUCCCCACGACUAAAACUCGAGUCGGAAAGACAUGAAGCACACUAUGCCCCCACCCACACGCCGCCCAGCGGCAUGGUCCGCCACCACCACCACCACCACGUCCACGAUUACCGCAUAUAGACCCACUUCCUCCGUGCCGGCAUUCCUAUCUCGGGUCAAAGCGGCAAGCCCUCACUGCCAUGUCCGGAGCGGCGCCCGACGCCGAGCCCGGCCGAGAGGGCUUCACCUGCAGCGCGCUGCUCAUGUGCCUCUACCUGCCGGGCCUCCUCUCCAAGAAGAAACCGGAGGAGGCGAUCAGCACGAGCCCGCCGCCGACAGCACACGCGGCACCGGCACCGGACCAGCCAGCCGAGCAUAUUCAAGAGACCCCACCGCACGCGCCGAGCCGCCGUGCCGCGUCGCUGGACAAGUCCGAGUGCGCGUCGCUCUGCUCCCGCAGCAACAUCGUCUUCGACUUCGUCGCGGAGGAAUGGGACCAGGGCCAGGCGUCAGCCCAGGCGAUCCUCCACGGGUACUGCCCGUCGCCGUGCUUCGACCUGCCCGUGGAGCUGAUAAGGGCCGGCGAACGGUUUGGCGCCGUCGCCGCUGUCAGCGAGCCGACGAAGCCGGUGCCGGUCACGGCGGCGUUCGUGUCCGUCGACGACGGCCAGCGAGGGGCCACUUUGAAGAAGGUGGCGUCGUGCCUGGCGCCCGGGGUCGACGACGGCAGGAGCGAGCCGCGGCCGCCGCGCCUCGCGAGGUUCUUGUCUGCGUCCGGCCGUCGUUCUAGCGUGCCGCGGCCUCUCGUCAUGCCUUCCCGAGCUGCGCCGCCGGGUCAGGCAGUUGGCGGGGACUGCGAACUCGGUGGAUCGGCGGUGGUGCCAGCGUGCAAUGCAAUGCAAUAUAACGAGCGACGGCAGCCUGUCGGGACAGCGUCGUGUGACUGACGGUUGCUUGGCGCUCUACACGCAUGAUUAGUUCAUUUAUCCGUGUAUUACUGUAUGUAAUCGACAUCGUCAAUUUCCUGUUCCGUUCUAAAUGCUCGGUGAUUUUCACGUUAUUAUGUAAUCUCAGUCAUAAUUGCAUCGUGUCAUGGACAAAGGAUAUUAGGGACAACAGAACGCAUGAGAUCAUGUUCGGUUAUUCUCAUUAUACAUGGAUCGGAUGAAACGGAUGAAACUGGAAAAAAAUUAGAAUAAUUUUGAUUUUUUGGGAUUUUAAACUCAUCCAAUCUCAUUCAAUCCACAUGGAUUGAGAGCUAACCAAACAAGCCCUUGGAUGAGUUUGAAUCUCAAACAGG